AUGCUGUGUUUAAUUUGGCAGAGGUUAUGUUUUUUCUUAUUUUUGAGGAAUAAAUGCCCAUCGUACUUCCCUGGAAUUUUAUUAAAACUUUGUCUAAAGUGGCAGAUAAGUCAGUGGUAUGCAGGUAUUGUCAUUCCAGUUGUAAGUUCUGGAAUUCAUUGUUUCUUUGUCUUCAUAUUCCAGUGCACUGAAACCUCUUUCUUUUUUGAAACUCGCAACAAAGUUGCCUGUAAACAUCUCUGGAAAUGUUGUGUGGAGCACCACACCUUCUUCAGGAUCCCAGAAAAUGAUACAAGUACUUUAUCAAGGAAGCUCACUAAACUUGGCUCUCUGGGAUCCCGGCAUAGGUACAGUGGUAGGACUGCUUCCCAAAUGAGCAGAGAUCUUUCCAUCCAGCUUCCAAGGGCUGACCAAAGAGUAGAGAGGAACCGAAGCAAAACCUAUCCCAAAAGAUCAGCACUUACUCAGCAGCCAGCUUCAAAUAAUUUAGAGCAGAUAUCAACAAACUUGGAAAAUGGAGAAAAUGAAGGCACCACAAAAAUCAUUGCCCCAUCCCCAAUAAAGAGUCAAAAAAAGGUCAAAUGUGAAAACAGCCCAGAUGUCCAAAGAAGUAAGUCCAGUGCACCAUGGGAAGAAAAUGGCUCUCCAAGUGGCCUUUACAAUUCUCCUAGUGACCGCACCAAAUCGCCAAAGUUUCCCAGCCCACGGAGGCGCAAUCAGUCUGGAAGUGACAACGAGUCAGGGCAGCAUAUCAGGAGGCACCGACAAAACAGUGGUGAGGACUCUCAAGAUCUCAAGCACAGGCGGAGAUCGAGGUCACGUUGCAAUACUAGUAGUGGCAGUGAGUCUGAAAAUUGUAACAGGGAGCACAGGAAAAAACGGAACAGGUUACGGCAGGAAAAUGACAUGGUGGAUUCUGCUCCACAGUGGGAAGCUGUUUUAAGAAGACAAAAGGAAAAGAACCAGGCUGACCCGAACUACAGGAGAUCCAGACAUCGAUCUCGAUCGCGGAGCCCAGAUGUUCAGGCCAAGGAAGAAUUAUGGAAACAUAUUCAGAAGGAACUUGUUGAUCCCUCAGGCUUAUCUGAAGAACAAUUAAAGGAAAUACCAUACAUGAAAAUAGAGACUCAAGGUGACCCCAUACGCAUCAGACACUCCCAUUCCCCCCGCAGCUUUCGCCAAUACAGGAGGUCCCAGUGCUCAGAUGGUGAAAGAUCUGUCUUGUCAGAAGUCAAGUAA